AUGGGGGGACUUAAACAUGAUUAUUACUUGAUGCGACAUGGUCAAUCAGAGGCCAACGUGCAGAAAAUCAUAUGUAGUAAUCCAUCAAUUGGUGUGGCUUCGUUUGGGCUGACGAACCUCGGGAGAAAGCAAGCCAUGCAAUCAUCAACACAUUUUAUCACGUCAACAAUACCACCGUCAAACACCAAAGACAUUAUCAUAUACACUUCUGAUUUCUUACGGGCAUACCAAACAGCCCAAAUACUGGGAUCUGUCUGCAAAUGCCACGUAAUCAAAACGGAGGCUCUAAGGGAACGUUUCUUUGGUGACCACGACCUCAAAUCUGAUACAAACUACCAGAUAACAUGGGGAAACGACGCCAAAAGACAGCUAGAACAUAAUGAAGAGUCUCCUGUAUCGGUUGCUGCACGUGUAAAACGGCUGAUUGAGAAAAUAGAACAGGAUGUUGCGAAACCGUCAAUUGUGGUUCUUGUCGCACACGGGGAUACGUGCCAAAUGACGCAAGCCCUUUUUGCCCGACUGCCACCGUGGGAUCAUAGGAAGUUGAAGCAUUUAGAGACUGCUGAAGUUAGAUUUAUUGGAAGACCACUUCUAAAGUUAUAA